CCUCGGAGAAAAACAAGACUCGUGGACAUUCACACCUGUUUCUUGUCUUAUAUGUAUCUCAUAUGUUAUUGUCUGAAAAUCCAAAGUUCCAAACAGAAAAUCUGCAAUCGUUUUUUUCUCUCAAAUGUCGCCUCAACUUGAUCCGGUCGCUGAGCUCGAAAGCUUAAAAACACAUGUUAAUCAUUCAGGAAGUCCAAGCUUCUCUACAAUUGGCCAGCGUCACCAAUCUGGUGAAGGUUCAAAGCUGUCACCUAGUGGUUCACCAAGAAAGGAGAAUGAGCUUCAGGGAGAACAUUCCCACCACAAGAAAUCUCUGUUCUCGAAAAUGAAAGACAAGGCAAAAAAGCUGCAGCACAGUCUAAGCAACAAGAAGAGACAUGAUGAAGAAGGUGAUGCAACCAUGUCUCCCUUUGCCAGAUUCGAAGACCAUCAAGUUAGAGAAAAAGAAGGUUAUGAGACACUCUCACCACGUGACAACUUGAAAGACCGUAAAGCCAGAGAAGAAAGAGAAACAGGAGAAGAAGAAGAUCCUGAAUAUCUUGGAGCCCCAAUGUAUGAAUCAAAGAAAGCACCUGAAGAGUUGAAGGAAACUGCGAGGCAGCAUCCCCGGGAAAAUGUUGUGAUCACUGAGACGAAUGUCUUGUCUGUUCUCCCAUCCAAACACGACGCUAAACAAGAACAUAAAGAUUGUACUGGUUCCAACAAAGAAAACUCUCUGGUCCCUGAGAAGAAUGUUUUGUCUGAUGUCAAGCAAGAGAAGCCUGCUGAUAAGACAGGGAAGGAGUGCACAAACCAAGAACCUAUUAGUCCAAGCAAGACGGUAACAGAAACCGUGACAGAGACGCUAGCACCUGCUUAUGCUAAAGUCUCUGAUGCAACACACGCCAUAACUAAGAAGAUUCAAGAUAUGGCUUUUCCGGUACCAACAGAGUCAGCAGAACGAGAAACAAAUGAUGUUUCAGAAAUCAACUCUGCAGGAACUAACCAGCCCGCUGGCUUCAAUACUAAGGUAUGGGACAAAGGCGUAUCGAUGAAGGAAUACAUAAUCCAGAAGUUUGAGCCUGGAGAAGACGAUAGAGCACUUUCUAGAGUGAUAUCUAAAGCUAUCAGUCCUCGUAAAGCUUCUUCUGAGGCUUCUACAUUUAGUGGAGCCACAAACAUGGUACCUGCUCCUAAUUCAGCAGACAACAAAGCUCCACUUUUAGCCAACACGCAUGAAAUUGUUGAGGAAGAAACUCAUGGAAAGAUGCUUCAACCAAACUAAAGAACAGAGAAGGCUUUUUUUAAUCAUGUUGUCUGAAGUCUGUUGUAUUUGUUGUAUACGUAAAUCUUUUUGUUUUCUUCAUUCAUUUAGCCGACUGUUAGUUUCUAUUGACC